AUGGCGGUGGGGAAAACAUGGUUUUGCGUGCUAAUCGUGGCGACGUGCAUCUACACGGCCAGCGUUUUCGCCGCCGAAUGCAAGGAAGAAGAGGUCGGACUCGUCUUUUCCCUGAAGGGACUUCUCAAGUGCAGGAAGAAGAAUAUCCUUCGCGAUACCCCAUCGCCCUUUUCAACUGGAAAGAAGUCAGAGUCCCGAUGACCAUUUCGCUUUGGCUCAUCGUCGCCAGCAUCGCCAAAAUCAGUACGUUCCUUGAGGUUUCGGGUUCUUAGGAUCUUAUUAACAGAAGCUGAAGCCUUAAUUAUGAUAACAGAACAAAAAUAAAACUUUUGCAGUCUUCAACAUCAUUCCACAUCUCAACGAAAUGUUUCCUGACUCGGCGUUGCUCAUCAUGAUCGGCCUCAUCAUUGGGAUUAUCUUCAAAAUAGCUGGAGUUAGCAGAGUAUGGAUUUGACAUUAUUCCAACUUUGAAGUGCUACAUUUGCGCCUAAUACCGAGUUUAUGACAGAACGCGUUUUUCUUGGAAAGCGAGGUCUUCAUGCUGUAUCUUCUGCCGCCGUUAGUUUUUGAUGCCGGUCUGUUUAGAGACUAUCCAAUUGGAAUACUCUUGCAUACAUAAGUUCAGGGUACUUCAUGCCUGCUCGUCAGUUUUUCGACAACUUCGGAUCCAUUCUCUGUUUCGCUAUGAUCGGAACCACCUUUAACAUCGUGGCGAUAGGUAACAUGCUUUUUCGCGUUUUCGUAGCCUCUUGAAAUUGCAGCUUUGUCGCUGUGGGCGAUCGGCCUCACCGGACUCUUCUCCGUAGAAACUCCAUUGGUCCACAUGCUUUUGUUCGGUUCCGUCGCCGCUGAUGUCGAUCCUGUUGCCGUCAUAGUCAUUUUCGAAGAACUUGGGGUCAGUCUUUUCCAUAGAGUCCUUCAUGUAUUGCGGAUGAAAUUUAAAAACUUGCAAAAACACUGCGGCGGGCUAAUUGAAAUCUUCAAUUGCUUUUGACAAACCUAUAUCGUAUAAGCAAAAAGUAGUUACAUAUGCGCUUUCAUUGAAGACCUGCAAACUUCAAACUUUGUCUGCCCAUUAUCUCUCGUGGAUCAGAAGAAAGUAUUGAACGAUUCUGGAUUCCUAGGUAAACGAUGUUCUUUUCAUCAGCGUCUUCGGCGAGUCUCUGCUGAACGAUGGUGUUGCCGUGGUUCGUCAGAAUCUUCCUAAACUGCGUACUGGAGAAACUCAGGUGCUCUACCGCAUGUUCCUGGUUUUUUCGGAAAUCGGCCCGGAGAAUCUCAUAACUUCGGACUACAUCAACGGAGGCGUAUCUUUUCUGGUGGUCGCGUUUGGAGGCAUUGCCAUCGGCCUCGUUUUCGCCUUCAUUGCAAGCUUCAUUACCAAGUAUGUCGGAUAUUAGAAUUGUUAUUUUAUUCUGGAAUCCCGUGAGUGUAAAUACUUCCAGAUAUUCUCGAGAAGUGAACAUUCUGAACCCAGUCUUCGUCAUCGUUCUGCCGUAUUGCUGCUACCUUUGUGGCGAAAUGUUUGGCCUCUCUAGUAUCAUGGCGUAAGUUCGUUAAUUCCUUCUGGAUUAACUCAUUUCUCAGUAUCGUCUUCUGCGGUGCUGCCAUGAAACAAUACAUUAAAGAGAACGUCCCGGAGAAAUCAGCCAUCGCCAUCAACUACUUCAUCAAGGUCUAUCAGUGAUUUGGUCUCGAUGUAAAACAUACUUUAUUAGGUGCUCUCGCUCUCCUCUGAGACGGUCAUUUUCGUGUUCCUGGGACUUUCAACCGUAUCUUCCAACCAUCACUGGGACACACCGUUCGUCGUUCUGACAGUCGUUUUCUGCUUGAUCUACAGAACAUUGGGAGUCGUCGUCAUGUGCUACAUUCUCAACAAGUAUCGGCUUAAUAAAUUCACCAAGGUGAACGAAAAUAUAGACAGAGAUAGAAUUUGCUCCAAGCUUCGAAGAUGGUUCAUAACAAACGGAAAAUACUCAGGUGGAUCAAUUCAUUAUGGCUUACGGUGGUCUGCGGGGGGCCAUCGCCUACGGUCUCGUAGUGGCCAUUCCAGACUUCAUUCCAGCCAAAAACAUGUUCGUCACCAGCUGCAUUAUCGUCAUUUACUUUACUGUCUUUUUACAAGUUUUUGAACCCAAAAAAAUUGAGUAGAACAAAGAAUUGCAGGGCAUAACUCUCAAGCCAAUAGCCGAGUUCCUGCAGGUCGAGAAGAAAAAUGUCCACAAGAUGAACAUGACUGAGCACAUCUACCACGAGGUAUGAUUUUCUCAUAAAGUUCGUGUUCAACCGUAUAAAAGUAUAGCUGAUUGACUACACCAUGGCCGGUAUGGAAGACAUCGCCGGUUUCAAAGGACACCACUGGAUUCGAGACACGUGAGUUACCAGAAAAAUGCUGCCUUUUUAUGAAAUUUUUUUUCAGGUGGCAAUAUGUGAACAACACCUAUCUGAAGCCUAUCCUAGUCAACAAAGAGAAGAUGAAGCAAAUGGACAAGACCAAGAUUGUUAGAGCAUUCAAGCAGCUACAACUGCAAGACGUCAAAGAUUUGGUGAAAGUGAGUUUUAAUUGUUCUAGAAAAAAAGGCUUAAUCGAUCACAGGGCGGAGGUGACUUCGCACGAAACCAAGUUUUCGUGCAGGCACUGAUUGACCACACUCGCAGCCGAGCCAACACAUUAGGGUGAUCAGAGAAUUGAAAGGACAAAGAAACUUUGAUAACUUUAGAAAUCACUCUGAAUCUGCAACACACAUACAUAUCCAGCGUCAAAUCAGGGUCAGUCCAAAAUAUUGCAGAGAGAAAAUUGAUGGACCUCUCAAAGGAGAGGGAAAAACAUGUACUCCUCUUUCAGGAGCAACAUGGAAUCUCAGUAUACGAUAAUCACGAGCAAAUGGGACGUCGACAAACGGGAGAUUUUGGAAGGAGUCCUCCACAAUACAAUUUACCCGUGUGA